AGUGUGAAGACUUGCAUUGCAAAAUCAUGUAAAACAUAAUGAUAUUUAAUUAUUUUAGUGAUGGAGGAUAAUAUGAUGAGAAUGGAGAAAAUAACGGUAGAUGGAUAUAUUUGAAUAUUCUGGAAGUAAUUAAUAGAAAUUAUUUUAAUUAAUUAGAAAAGGAGAAGUUAUUUAUCAAGGUUAAUGUAAAAAUGAGAAAAAGGUCGGUCAAUUGGACAUCUAUUCUAGAUGCAGUUAAAGUUAGCCAUUUGAUAGGAAGUACUAUUUAUCCAAUAAAUUUAUUAGUGGCGGUGGUUAUUAUGCUGGACAAGAAUGAUAAAAACAUGGUUAUAUGGUAGAAUUAAGUAAUAGUUUUUAUAGGUAUUGUGAUAUUAUCUUAUAAGUGAUUGCGAGAUAUAUUUUAGGGAGAUUAUAACAAACUAAAAACGGUUUCUAAAUGGAAUUUUCUUUAUAGAUUCAAUAAUGCACCAUUUCAAUAGAUCUAAUUUCAUAAAUUGUAAUCAAUUGUUAGUGGUGGCGGUUCUUAGGAUCAAGAAGGGGUUGAAAAUGGA